AUGAAAGCCUACUGUCUCUUGAAACAAAACAAGAAUGGAGACUGCAUGGAACUUUUGACAGAGAUCAAAUCUAACAGACCCUCAGAUCCGAUCACAGCCAAAUACCUAAUAAAUAUUUACAAUGAAUUGGGAAUGUAUAAUGAGACAACUUCGCUCUUAGAGUAUGUCCUUAGUGUGAAUCUUGAUAGUGAGGAGCUUUGCGAGGAGCUUUUCUUCUCCUAUGUAAGAGAAAACAAAUUACUAAAGUAGCAAAACUAGGCUCUCCAGCUUUAUAAGACAUUUUAGAGAGAAAUUCAUGCGCAAUGGGCUGUUGAAUCAAUGUAUCUAAUAAGUUUAAAUCUAAAAUUUGAAACUAAAAUCUUAGAUAUUGCUUACUUGCUAAUGUUGAAACUAAUGAAGGAGCCUAUGUUCACAAUUGAUAAGAAGUUCAUCUUACUCUAUCUGAAAAUUUUAUCGAAGCAAGGAAAAUACAGAGACGCUCUAGACUUUAUUGAGCUUAAAGCAGAGUUCUUUACUGAUAAAAUUGAGAGAUAAAAUCUGGAAGCUGAGUUAUACUUGCAAUCAAACAAUCCGAUUCUAACAAUCAAUGUCUACUUCAACAUGCUGAGAUUAAACAGUCACAUUAAUCAUUACUAAGAGAUGUGGGAAACCUAUAAAACUUGCAUCAGACUCAUCAUUAAUGAUUUCUUGCCAAAGUAAAAAAUGUAUGAGUACAAGUCAAAUAUUGAUUACUUACUAAAUCAAUCUGACACCAAGGGCAUUAACUUUGACCCAGUAACUAUUGAUGAGAAGCCGGAGGACAUCUUGCUUAACCUUAUUUCCUCAAUCAAGAACCUUAGGAAGAAUGUAGUUGCUGAUACUACUUCUAAGAAAAUGGUAGAGUAGGUUAAUUAGAUUAAGCGCACUUCCUAUCUGGCAGAGAUGGAAUUCAAGUUUUGCAUAGCCUUAAAUUGCAAAGGGUAUCCGUGUCAUGAAGGGAGUCCUAUCUUCAAUGUCAUGCUUGACUACAUCGAGCUUUUCUAUGAUAAAGCCGAUGUCAUUUGUGAUAUUGUGCCUUACAUCAGACUGUUCUAGAUUGAAGAUGCAAGUUCCUUAAGAGAAAAGAUCAAAAUUAAAGUUUAAAACUUGGAAAGCGGUUACAACUCUGCAUCAUAAUAGGUUCCUGAUAUCAAACUCAUCAGAUGGAAGAUAUGUCUAUUCAAGAUAUCGAAACUUCUUGGAAUCUAUAACAACUAUGAAAAGUAGGAAAAGCUAAAACUAGUCAAUAGCAUAUUCUAGACAUACCUUUAUGGCUUUGCUUAAAAUGAGCAAGACAUGGUAGAGGCUGACUAUAAAAACCUAGAAGAUUUGGCAAUUAUCUCAGUUGAAUUGUUAAAUGAAAUCAAGACCUAUGAGCCAUCUGUGUUCAAUCCCAUAAACUUUAUGCAAAUAUCAAUUUUGGAGUAUGCACUUAAAAGAAGCCCAUAGAAUAAGACUUUUACAGCAUGGCUAAUGAAAAUAUAUGCCAAAUUAGGCUUGACAACCUUACUUACAGAUCUCUCUAAGAGUAUUCAAAAGGUAGACUAGAGUGAUUAUGAAAAAUUAGGCUGUAUCAGAUUUUCGCACUAUUCAGAAUAUGGAGUAGACAAAGAACUUGAGCAAGUAUGCAAAUAGUACAAAAGACAUUAUGAGUUGAACUUCAAUGAGAACAAGAACAGAGUUGUUCAAUGUUUCUAAUAAAGAGAAUUUGACAAGGUAAAUGAGAUCAUGACAAAGAAUGAUACUUUAAACAACUCGUAUUUCAUGGUCUGCUCAGAAAUUGGAUUGAUCUAUAUCAAUAUAUUCAGAAAUGCAAUUAAUGCCUAAAAUCUUCACAAUAUCUUCAACAAGUAGUUCUAAGUUGUAAAUGAUGUCUGUGAUGAUGAUUCGCUUCAAGAUAUGAGCAAGAGAGACUUAGAGAUCAGAAGCUUUGAAAAUAUAAAGCUAGGUUUGCCAAGAGAGUUUAUCAAAGAGGACUCCUUUAUUGAAGCAACUUACGAUAAAGACUAGGCUAAAAUAAAGAGAGAAAAAGAAAAGGAGAAGAGAGCCAAAUAAGAGAAGAAGAAUAUCAGAGUCUUUGGUUAUAAGUAUCCAAAAGUACUUAAAUUCUUGGGUUAAGUAAUGAGAUGUCUGAAAGACUGUUAUGAGCAAAAGUUUGAAUAACUCAACAUAGAUAUGAACUAUUUCCUUCUGCUCAAGAAUGAACUAUCCUUGGCCUUCUUGAGGAAAUUUGAGAACAUUAUUUCAGUUGUUAAAUCAGCGAUUAAGAUAUAUGCAUCAUAGGAGGAGUUAUAAAGGAGAGAGCUGGAGACUUAAGAGCUAGCAGCACUUGAAAAGAUCAUUAAGAAUUAACUAGCCUAGAUCAAAGAUCAAACAAUGGAGAAAUUACAAGCUUAACAGUAAAUCUAGCAAGAGGAAACUAAAGGUGAGCCUGUCGGAGCAGAGAGUAUGGCUUAUCAGUAGCAGGUAUAAGAAUCAGUCACAUAUGAGAAAAUAGUUAAUAAGCUUCUUGAAUAUAAUGAGAAGAUUAACGAAGGCAAGGAACUUAGUGCUGUUGAGUAUUUAAAGAGGAUUGAUAUGAACUCUCCCUUUAUGAAGGAGUAUGAAAACUAGAGGCAUUUAAGAAGGGCUUUCUAUGAGGAAUUCAAGAUACACUCCUUCAACUAUAUACUACUGCUCUUUGAGAGUGUGAUGAGAAUACUGACUACCAUUAACAAAGAUGGAGACUAGGAGGAAGAAGAGUAAAAAACCAAGAAAGGUAAAAAGAAGGCAGACAAACUCCAUUACUACAGUAAGAACUAUAAAAGAUUCUUGGAGAACAGACAAAAGAAGAUAGACAAGUUCAUAGUAAACUGUAUUGGAUGGAAUCACAUUCACCGCUGCAUUGAAGUAAUAGAGAUGACUAUGAGGGAUUUGAUCUACAAAAUAGUGCCUACUAAGGUGGUUAUCAGAGAAUUGAAAACAAGCAGUGGCAAGGUGUUGACUAAGGAUUCAGAAUACACUCUAGUCGAGAGAAAGAGAUAUGUGACUGUGGGCAAGAAGACUCACGUUGAUUAUAUCUUUGAAUUGGACUUAAAGGAGGAUGUUAACAAAGCUAAAGAAGAGGCAGAGUAGUAGACAUAGGCUGAACGAGAGAGGAAGUAGAAUGUAUUUUUCUUGAAUUUGGAGGAGUUCAAUCUGUUCAAACUUAGAUCAGCCAUAUUCUUGAUCAUGUUCCCCUUGACCUUCACCCAGGCAAUUAUCAAUCUCUGGGCAAAGAUCAUUCCUGCUGGCUUCAAAAAGGACAACGAAGAAUUUUCCAGACAAGAUUAAGAGUAGAUCACUCUAACCAGACAUGCCAUUAGAGAAUUCGUUUCAAAUCUUAUAACUCAUUUGAAACAUCUCCAUGAAUAUUUGACUCAAGUGCACAAGGAGAGAGCUCUUCAGGAAAACUUUAAUCAAAUCAAUAUGAAGCAAGAAUUCCUUUAGUUCAAGGAGAUACUGGCGAAGACCAAAGGAAGUGGCUUUACACCCUUGAAGGCUGAGGAGUUCUUUAUCUCUACUUUUGAGAAGAUAAGUGACAGUUUCUAACUGACUCUGGAGCAGGUGAUUAAGACCUUAGAGGAGAGAAUAGCUGAGAUCAAGUCUAUCAAUCUCAAGGGGGGAAACUGA